AUGAAGCGGCGCAAUGCGGACUGCAGCAAGCUCCGACGGCCGAUAAAACGGAACCGAAUCACCGAGGGUAUAUAUAGCAGUACGUUCCUCUACUUAAAGUUCCUCGUGGUUUGGGUUCUGGUUCUUCUGGCCGACUUCGUGCUGGAGUUUCGUUUCGAGUAUCUUUGGCCUUUCUGGCUGUUCAUCAGGAGCGUGUACGACUCGUUUCGAUAUCAGGGCCUGGCGUUCUCCGUGUUCUUCGUGUGUGUGGCGUUUACAUCUGACAUCAUCUGCCUCCUCUUUAUUCCCGUUCAAUGGCUGUUCUUCGCCGCCAGCACCUACGUCUGGGUCCAGUACGUUUGGCACACAGAGAGAGGCGUUUGUUUACCUACAGUUUCACUUUGGAUCUUGUUCGUUUACAUCGAGGCAGCGAUUCGUUUUAAAGAUCUGAAGAACUUUCAUGUCGACCUGUGUCGGCCGUUUGCAGCUCAUUGUAUCGGGUAUCCGGUCGUGACUCUGGGCUUCGGCUUUAAGAGUUAUGUGAGCUACAAGAUGAGACUGAGGAAACAGAAGGAGGUGCAGAAAGAGAAUGAGUUCUACAUGCAGCUCCUUCAGCAGGCCCUACCCCCCGAGCAGCAGAUGCUCCAGAGACAGGAGCGAGAGGCAGAGGAAGCCGCAAUAAACAAAGGAAUCUCAGAAGUGGAACCUGUCGUCAUUUCACAGAACGGUGGAAUUCCCGGAAAGAAAGUCAGCACUCCGGCCUCGUUACCUGAGCUGGAAUAUCGGGAAAAGGGGAAGGAUAUUUCCAAAGAGGGUAAAAAACACAACUCGGUCGGUAUCAACAACAACAACAGUAUCCUCCACACGCUGGACUCCAGACUACAGGAGGCGGAGUACAUCGAACACUACGUGGGAUCGAAAAAACUCAACAACGACCUGACAGAAAACACACUCGCGGACAACACCACAAACACCACGAACUCAAAAGAGGACAUGGGGGGCACGGGGAAGAACUACAAAAACGCCAGCGGAGGCGGAGGGGCCAUUUCCAACUCCCCGCCGAGGAAUCACAGCUCUUCAAACGGGAGCGUACCACAAGGGGGAGCUGUGGCCAAUAAGAACGAGAAGAAGCAGCGAGGGGCCGCGAAGGGUCAGAAGGAUCCCGUGGAGAACUGCAUCCCCAACAACCAGCUGGGCAAACCCGACGCCUUAGUACGGCUGGAGCAGGAUGUGAAGCGUCUCAAGGCGGAUCUGCAGGCGAACAGGCAGCUGGAGUCGGAGCUGCGCAGUCAGCUGUCGUCUCUGAGCAGCCAGGACCGCAGCCUCCGCUCGGAGCUCAGCCAACUGCGCCAAGACAACGAGCUGCUCCAGAACAAGCUCCACAGUGCGGUCCAGGCCAAGCAGAAGGACAAACAGACCAUCUCACAGCUGGAGAAGAGGCUGAAGGCCGAGCAGGAGGCGCGCGCUCUGGCGGAGAAACAGCUGUGUGAGGAGAGGAAGAGGAAGAAGAUGGAGGAGGCCACGGCGGCGAGGGCUGUGGCUUUAGCCGCCGCCACGAGGGUGGAGUCGACUGAUUCUCUCCGAGGUCGUAUCAGAGAUCUGGAGACCGAGUGUAAGAAGCUCAGCAUCGACAUGAAACUGAAGGAGGAGCAGAUCAGGGACCUGGAGGGAAAGUGUCAGGAGCUCAGAAAGUACAAGGAGAACGAGAAGGACACGGAGGUGCUGAUGUCCGCUCUGUCGGCCAUGCAAGAGAAGACCCAGCACCUGGAGAACAGCCUGAGCGCCGAGACCAGGAUCAAACUGGACCUGUUCUCCGCUCUGGGGGACGCCAAGAGGCAGCUGGAGAUCGCACAAGGUCAGAUCCACCAGAGGGAGCAGGAGAUCGCCGAGCUGAAGCAGAAGAUCGCAGAGGUGAUGGCCGUCAUGCCCAGCCUGUCGUACACGGCGGACGGCACCAGCCUCGCCCCCGUCGCCCCACACUACUCCUCCAAGUUCAUGGACAAUAGCUCCUCCUCCCUGGACCCCAACGCCUCAGUCUACCAGCCGCUCAAAAAGUGA